CCUAAUAAAUUAGAGGUUAUAUAUUAAGGCAGAUAGAAACAUCAAAACCAAAAACCAAAGCCAUUGCUAGUAAGAGUAGACUCUUCACUCCCAUUCCUCUCAAAUCAUAUCUUUCAAUUCUCAAAUCCUUGCCUCCCACCCAAAACAUAUAAAAAAGACCCGCGAAUUUCUCCCCUCUUUGCUCCCGUUCAUCUUUCAUGUUUCAAACUUGGAAGAUUCGCAGUCCAAUCUCGUCGGCCGGUACAGUUCUCCGUGUAAGUUGGUGAUUUUGGUUUGGUAGAAUGAAAGCUGGUAAGGAAGAGCCGUCAUCAUGCAAUGCUUUACAAGUCAUUGACUUGGUUUCAGCAGUGAAGGAGUUGCAUGGGCUAAACUCUCAGGAAUUGGGUAAAUUAUUGAAGGACUCGGAAAAUUUUACUAUACACUAUGUUACUGCAAAGGAAUCACUUUUAAAGAUUGACGUUGAAAAGCUUGCCAGUUCUCUAGCUCUGCACCUUAUUGCGGUGCUUAUUUCAUCUGACAAAGAUGAAGCCCUAUUCAGAUACUUGUUAUGUGGCAUUAGGCUCUUGCAGUCCUUGUGUGAUUUAGCUCCUAAAAAUCCCAAACUUGAACAGAUUUUGCUCGAUGAUGUAAAAGUGUCAGAACAGCUGCUUGACCUAGUGUUCUAUAUCCUCAUUGUUUUUGGUGGUUAUGAACUGAAACAAAAAUAUAAUAAUAUUGGUAUGGCACCGCUGAUGCAUUCUGCACUAGUGGCCUGCACUUUACAUCUACUUACUGGAUGCAUAUCUUCACAGUGGCAAGAUAUCGUUCAAGUAUUGCUUGCACAUCCUAAGGUUGACAUAUUUAUGGAGGCAGCUUUUGGGGCAGUUUACACUUCCAUUAAGUUUCUCAACCUCAAGCUUUCCUCUCAAUAUAACGACUUCGACACAAAAUCGAAUUUGACUAGUGAGCAAAUAGUGCACUCUCUCUGCCAGCAAUGUGAGGCCUCUUUACAGUUUCUCCUAUUGCUAUGCCAGCAAAAAUUGUAUCGGGAACGACUACUCAGGAAUAAGGAACUAUGUGGCAAAGGUGGUGUUCUGGUUCUGGCCCAAGGUAUCUUGAAGCUACACACUGCGCCUCAUUUUGUAGCAUCUGCUAGACUUGUUGCUGCUGUGUCUAGGCUUAAAGCAAAAAUACUCUCAAUUCUGUUGAAUCUCUGUGAAGCUGAAAGCAUAUCUUACCUGGAUGAAGUUGCCAGCUCCCCAGGCAGCCUGGAUUUGGCAAAGUCUGUAGCAUUGGAGAUUAUUGAGUUGUUGAAGUGUUCUCUUGGUAAAGAUCCCAAAAUUUUUGCUGCUCAUUCUGAUGGAAGUUACCCUAUGGGGCUUGCCCAACUCAAUGCCAUGCGCCUAGCUGAUAUCUUAUCUGAUGAUUCAAACUUUCGGUCUUACAUUACAAUACACUUUACUAAAGUGCUGACUGCAAUAUUUUCGCUCCCUCAUGGAGAUUUUUUAUCCAGUUGGUGUUCUUCUGUACUCCCUAUAAAGGAAGAAGAUGGUACUAUUGAGUAUGAUUCAUUUGCAAUGGUUGGAUGGGUUCUGGAUGUAGUUUCAUCUACCGACCUGCAUAUCCCACAAAGUUUGGAAUUUUGUGUAACUCGCAAUAGUAUGACCCAAGCUUCUUAUGUACAUCAGAGAACAUCAUUGUUUGUGAAAAUAAUUGCAAACCUCCAUUGUUUUGUUCCCACUAUCUGUGAAGAACAGGAGAGGAACCUUUUUGCUAACAAGUUUAUGGAGUGCUUGCAAAUGGAUCCGUCCAACUUAAUGCCUGGAGUUUCUUUUUCUUCUGAUACUCGUAAAGCUACAACUAUCAGCAGAAAUCUUUGUUCAUUGCUAAGUCAUGCAGAAUCACUAAUUCCAAAUUUUUUGAAUGAGGAGGAUGUACAGCUCCUGAGGGUUUUCUCUAAGCAAUUUGAAUCACUAUUCACUCCAUUGGAGGUAAAAGUACAAGUAGCUAAACAUGAAAAGAAUUGCGAGGAGUUAAAAUAUUGGGAUAAAUUCUCUAAACUCAACAUCAGCGAACAUCAUCAGGAAGCUCAGAGUACUGGAGGAUGCUCCCCAAGACCUUCAGUAAGACAUCUACCUCCUAGUCUUGGUAGCAGAAGUGGUAACCUGGAGGAAAUCAUGUCUGAGAAUUCUGCUUUUCAAGAUGUGGACCAAGUAGAUGUGAACAGUGAGCGUAUGGAUAAGAUGGAUGAUGCAGUGAAGGAAGAGAAAGGUACUGGUAGAAGUGCAUCUGGACGAUUUACAGCAAUCGACAGAGAUCAUAAUGUUGAAACAAGUGGUUCUGACACAAGUGAAACGAGAGGAAAAAAUGUUGUUGAUCGAAUGGGAAACAAGUCAAGUGAACCCAUAGAAGAAAGUGGGUAUGGAGGAACUCAAGAGGAUGAAAAGAGUGAACCUCUUCAAUAUGAAGAAACACAGAGAAGAAAACGGAAACGUACAAUAAUGAACGAUGAACAGGUGGCGCUUGUGGAGAGAGCCCUAUUAGAUGAACCAGAUAUGCAGCGCAAUGCAGGGUCACUACAAUCAUGGGCUGAUAAAUUGAGUUUUCAUGGUUCCAGUGUUACAUCUUCACAGCUAAAAAAUUGGCUAAACAAUCGAAAAGCUAGGCUGGCCCGUACAAAGGACGUCCGUGCAGCACCAGAGUUUGCUACACCACCAGAUAAGCAAGGUGUGCAAGGACUGAGGUCCAACAAUUCAGCCGAGAGUUCUAUUGGAAUUGCUUCUGCGCAAGUAAAUGUGAGGAGUGAUCCUCAAAUGAAGUCAAAUAGUAGUGUAGCCCAGAUCUCGGGGACUAAAGCAGCAGAAGCUAUUCCCCGUGGCCCUUCAGACUUUGUUCCGUGCAAGCAAGGUGACCAUGUUCUGCUCAAAUAUAAUAAUGGAGAGGAGGUUGGCCUUGGAAAAGUGUUUCAGGCUAGUGGCCAAUGGUUUGGGAGGAACUUGGAGGAGUUGAGGGCAUACGUUGUAGAUAUCAAAGAGCUUAAAGUCAGAAGAGCAAUGAAGCUUCCAUACCCUUCUAUGGCCACAGGUGGUUCGUUUGAGGAGGCUGAAACAAAGAUUGGCUUGAUGAGAGUGUUAUGGGAUUCAAGCAAGACUUUCAAAUUGCCUCCUCUAAGGUUGAGUUGAAUGCCCUUGUUUUAGUCGUUUGAUCCCCUUUAGAAAUUGAACAAUCCUCAUGAUGAUCAAAAUGUGUUGAUGAUCUCAUAGGAUGCAGAGUUCGUUCCCUGGUUGUUUAAACUGAUUUAGUUUUUUGGGAGGGACGUCCUCUUUCCAGCAUUUGUACCUUUAAACUUCUAUCUAAUGAAGAUGCCAGGCCAAGUGGCCAUGGUUAGUGUCACA